AUGUCCGCCAGCCAAAGGCCGCCUCUGCGUCCCUCUUCCACGUCUGCUGCGAGAACGGGGACGUCAGCAACGUCGUCGAUCCCCAGGCCUCCGCUGUCUGUUCACCCAAAUGCUACGAUCUCAGAAACGGUUUACUUUCAAGGCAAACACCCGAUUAGUAUUGGUGCCGGAACUGUUAUCCAUCCCCGAGCAAGGCUGCUGUCUUUUGAGGGUCCAAUAAGUGUUGGAGAGGGGUGCAUAAUUGGCGAGAAAUCAGUCGUUGGGAAUCCUCAAGCUCCCCAAUUUGCAUCGGAACACAGUUCAGGGUCUGCCACAUCUCCAACACCAGCAGUUACAAUUAUCGAGAACUCGGUUCUUAUAGCACCUCUCUCUACCGUGUCUUCAGGUUCACAUAUACACUCCGCUGCCACGAUUGACGCGUCUGCUUUUCUGGGAAGGCAUGUGCGAAUUGGGAGACACGCAAAGGUGUGCUCGCUUUGCCAGAUACCGGAUAAUGGGGUUGUAGAAGACUGGAUUGUAGCUUGGGGAGGAGGAGCAGGAGGGAUGGGGUUACAAAGGCGCAAAAGAGCGAAUGGAAGAGGGAAUGAGAACAAUACGCCAGGCUUAAACGGUCGAUCUGUCGAAACUGCAAGGCUGGUUGUACUGAGCAAAGAGAGGGAGACUCUGUCCAAACUAAUUGGAGUUGGAGCCGCUGCUGCAUCAAGGAGAAGAUGA